GAGCCACCGAUUAACCUAACCUGCGUGUCUUUGCGUGGGAAACAGGAGCAAACCCACGCAGACCCCCCACAAAACCUAACCACGUCUAGUUUUGGCUGAUUCUUACGUAGCCCCUCCCCCUCCUAGCGUACGUCCUCCGUCAUUUAAAGUGAAACGCUGGCGGCUGGUUUUGAAGGUUGCAGUUGGUGUGGCGGGUUUAUUUUAUUGUGUUUCACGCAACAAAAAAUAUCAACAAUGGACUGUUUAAACGUGCCGAGGAUUAUGCCAAAUUCUCCAAAAAAAGCACGGGGUCAGAUUCAGGUUAUUUUCGGACCAAUGUUCUCAGGGAAAAGCACUGAGUUGAUGAGGAGAGUCCGGCGCUUUCAAAUUGCCCAGUAUAAAUGCCUCGUGAUCAAAUAUGCCAAAGACACCCGGUACUCUGACCUGGGUAUGGCCACACAUGACCAAAACACAAUGGAAGCUAUGCCAGCUAGCUGUCUAAGAGAUGUCUGGUCUCAUGCCCUGCAGGUCUGCGUCAUUGGCAUUGAUGAAGGCCAGUUUUUCCCAGACACUGUUGAAUUCUGUGAGGCUAUGGCAAACAUGGGCAAGACUGUUAUUGUUGCAGCACUUGAUGGCACGUUUCAGAGGAAGCCCUUUGGUAGCAUACUGAACUUGGUCCCUUUGGCUGAGAGUGUGGUGAAGUUGAACGCAGUCUGUAUGCAGUGCUUUAAAGAAGCGUCCUACACCAAGAGACUUGGAGCAGAGCAAGAGGUGGAGGUGAUUGGAGGAGCUGAUAAAUAUCAAGCAGUGUGCAGGGUGUGUUAUGGAGGCCUGUUGUCAAAUAAAGAGAACUGUGACCCACAGAGGGAUGAGACGCCCCCUCAUCUUCUGAAGGGGAAGCAGGUGGACCAAAGUACAGCGCGCAAGCUUUUCACUUCCCUUCAUUUAUGAAGGCCUGCUGUACACUAGAGUAUUAACUAAUUUAAACAAAAUUUGCAGCAACAGUUACAAUACUUUCAGAUUAAGCAGUGAGUGCUCAAUUUGCACAUUAUAGGAGUGAGAUAUAGUGCUCAAAGUGCUAUAGACAAGUUUUAAAAAUGUUUGCUUUUUUUUUUUUAAAUAAAAUGUCAAUUUAGAUGUG